CCCAUGUAGGGGCCAGGGUUACAGCAGACCCUGAAAGCUGAGACCCCUGCCCCCAAGUGAGGAGAGGCAGCAAGAGAAAGGGAGGGACAGAACAAGGAGAGAGAGAAGGAAGGAGGGGCAGCCCGGCCAGGCUGCUGUUCCCCCACAGAGCCGGCUCAGAUUCAGCUCUAGGAGCAACUCAGCUGCGGAAGCAACGGCAGCCCUUCUCCUCGGUGAAGGACAGCCCGCAGACAGACACACAGACGGUGGUGCCAGGACUGGAAGUCCUUAGCCCGGCAGCUCAGCCGGGCCUGGCCCCAUGGCCUUCAAUGACCUCCUGAAGCAAGUGGGGGGCGUCGGCCGCUUCCAGAAGAUCCAGGUCACUCUAGUGGUCCUCCCCCUGCUCCUGAUGGCCUCCCAAAACACCCUGCAGAACUUCACCGCCGCCAUCCCCACCCACCACUGCCGCCCACCUGCCGAUGCCAACCUCAGCAAGGACAGGGAGCUGGAGGCCUGGCUGCCCCGGGACAGGCAGGGGCGGCCUGAAUCCUGCCUCCGCUUCACCUCCCCGCAACAGGGACCACCUUCGUCCAAUGGCACCGGGGCCAACAGCACAGGGGCCACAGAGCCCUGCACUGAUGGCUGGAUCUACGACAAGAGCACCUUCCCUUCCACCAUCGUGACUGAGUGGGACCUCGUGUGCUCUCACAGGGCCUUACGCCAGCUGGGUCAGUCCUUGUACAUGGUAGGGGUGCUUUUCGGAGCCAUGGUGUUCGGGUCCCUAUCAGACAGGCUGGGCCGCCGGAAGGUGCUGAUCUUGAACUACCUGCAGACAGCCGUGUCAGGAACCUGUACAGCCUUCGCUCCCAACUUCUCCGUCUACUGUGUCUUCCGGCUCCUCUCGGGCAUGUCACUGGCUGGCAUCGCCCUCAACUGCAUGACACUGAAUGUGGAGUGGAUGCCCAUCCACACGCGGGCCUAUGUGGGCACCCUGAUGGGCUACACCUACAGCCUGGGCCAGUUUCUCCUGGCAGGUGUGGCCUAUGCCGUGCCCCACUGGCGCCACCUGCAGCUGCUCGUCUCUGCACCUUUUUUCGCCUUCUUUAUCUACUCCUGGUUCUUCAUCGAGUCUGCCCGCUGGCAAGUUUCCUCCGGGAGGCUAGACCUCACCCUGAGGUCGCUACAAAGAGUGGCCUGGAUCAAUGGGAAGCAGGAAGAGGGAGCCAAGCUAAGUAUAGAGGUGAUCCGGGCCAGUCUGCAGAAGGAGCUGACCAUGGGCAAAGGCCAGGCCUCGGCCAUGGAGCUGCUGCGCUGCCCCACCCUUCGCCGCCUCUUCCUCUGUCUCUCCUUGCUAUGGUUUGCCACUAGCUUUGCCUACUAUGGGCUGGUCAUGGACCUACAGGGCUUUGGGGUCAGCAUCUACCUAAUCCAGGUGAUCUUUGGUGCUGUGGAUCUGCCUGCCAAGCUUGUGGGCUUCCUUGUCAUCAACUUCCUGGGCCGCCGGCCUGCCCAGAUGGCCUCACUGUUCCUGGCGGGCGUCUGCAUCCUGGUGAAUGCGGUGGUACCCCAGGAUCAGUCCAUUGUCAGAACCUUCUUUGCUGUGCUGGGGAAGGGCUGCCUGGCUUCCUCCUUCAACUGCAUCUUCCUGUAUACUGGGGAGCUGUACCCCACGAUGGUCCGGCAGACAGGCAUGGGAAUGGGCAGCACCAUGGCCCGAGUGGGCAGCAUCGUGAGCCCACUGGUGAGCAUGACCGCCGAGCUCUACCACUCCGUGCCUCUCUUUAUCUACGGCGCUGUCCCCAUGGCUGCCAGCGCUGCCAUUGCCCUCCUGCCGGAGACCCUGGGCCAGCCACUGCCGGACACUGUGCAGGACGUGGAAAACAGGAGGAAAGGGAAUCGGAAGCGACAGCAGCAAGAGCAGCAGAAGCAGAUGGUCCCACUCCAGGCCUCAGCAGGGGAGAAGAAUGGACUCUGAGCACCAGAAGGGGCCUCACAGAACCCUAAAGGGAGUGAGGGUCCCACAGGUCCUGGGCCACCCACAUGAGGAGGGGGAAGGGGGAAUGGCAGCCCAGUGUCAGGGCUGUGGUUCAGGGAAGCACCUCCCCCCGG